CCCUUCUUGCACAAUGGAAGAAAGCCCUAAAGGGGAAACCGUGGUUCGUUGACGUUGUCUUCAACAGGAACCCUCCUCCUUGUCCACAGCUGAUGAUGGACAACCUUUUAGCUGCAACUGCUACGGAACUUAGCCUGGCGCUAGCGGGGUAGAUCGUUAAAAUGUGUGUGAGGGGGUGGCUGGUCGUCAUAUGAGGGCGCUUGUUAACGAGUGCAGUAACGGUGUGUUUUAUAAUAUUAACUAGUCACUUAAAUGUGUCUUUCUACCACACUGGCGUUGGAGUACCACGCGUAGAUCGAUGCUACUCGCGUUAGCUUCGUGUGUAGUUUGAAGGUAGGAUCAGAGGAGGUACACCGGCUAGCCGCUAGCUGCUUAGCAGCAAUACACAGCGCAGCUGGCUAGUUAGCGCUCCGUGUUGUUCAGCACUUUGUUCCGGAUCGACUGAGUUUGAAUGCUCCUGGUUUUCAAGUGGUUGCAACGAGCCCUGGAGGAGCACUGGACCUGAGCCGUGGGCUGUCAAAGAUGUUUGAAGCUUUCCCCUCCGCAUCAUCUGAUCCCUCGUCUAUUUGAGUGGCAAAAUAUUACACCCAAACCAAUCCCACAUCUGUGCUUGGCAGCAGUAUGAUCAUUCACGUUGACCCACCCCAGCCCACUGGGACAGAAACACCCCAAAACCAAGCUUGCCAAAUGAUAUGAUAGUAGCCACCUGGAUCACUUUUUGUGCUUGCAGAGGCCUUGCAAGGGUGCUGCUCUUCCUUUGCUCCUCUAACUCACUCUCUCCCUUCUGGGAGACCCUCGCCAGUGUGGUCUCUUGCACCAUGGGUAACAGCUGUGUGUGCCGUGACGAUAGCGACUUGGAAGACCACAACCACAGGUCGUCGAGGGCAACCAGAGGACAAGCAAGGCGGGUGGAUCACGGUACAGGCGUUGGUGUUGAUGGCGCAGAGGCACGGAGCAGCAGACCCAGGGAGCCGGUCAGGCCGCCACGCCGAGGGCGAGGGCCUCAUGAGCCAAGACGGAAGAAGCAGAAUGUCGACAGCCUGGUGCUGGAUACAUUGGCUGUCAUCAGGACACUGGUGGACAAUGACCAAGAACCCCCUUACUCCAUGAUCACUUUGCACGAGAUGGCAGAAACGGAUGAUGGUUGGCUGGAGGUUGUGCAGUCUCUCAUUCGAGUGAUCCCAUUGGACGAUCCACUUGGUCCUGCAGUGAUAACGCUUCUGUUGGACGAGUGCCCCUUGCCCACCAAGGAUGCUCUCCAGAAACUGUCCGACAUGUUGAGUCUGAGUUCGGCCGUAGCGCGACAGGACGCUCUAAACCCAGCCAAACACAGAAACACCACAGCGGUCCUGGGAUGCCUGGCGGAGAAACUGGCUGGUCCGGCUAGUAUUGGAUUGUUGAGCCCUGGAACCCUUGAAUACCUUCUAGAGAGCCUAAGCUCUGAAGCCCACCCUACGGUCAUGCUGUUUGCACUCAUCGCUUUGGAGAAGUUCUCCCAGACCAGUGAGAACAAACUGACGGUGUCAAAGUCGUGCAUCAGCAAUCGACUCGCCGUCCUGGAGUCGUGGGCGGAGCAUCCCGACUACCUGAAGAGGCAGGUCGGAUUCUGCUCACAAUGGAGCCUCGACAACCUGUUCCUAAAGGAGGGUCGUCAGUUUACCUACGAGAAGGUCAACCUCAUCAACAUCAACGCCAUGCUCAACAGCAAUGAUGUCAGCGAGUACCUCAAGAUCUCCCCCACUGGACUAGAGGCACGAUGCGAUGCCUCGUCCUUUGAGAGCGUGCGCUGCACAUUCUGCGUGGAUUCGGGCGUUUGGUACUACGAGGUGACGGUCAUCACUUCAGGCGUGAUGCAAAUCGGAUGGGCCACCAAAGACAGCAAGUUCCUCAACCAUGAGGGCUAUGGGAUAGGCGACGACGAAUACUCGUGUGCGUAUGAUGGCUGCAGGCAGCUCAUCUGGUACAACGCUCGGAGUAAACCUCACUCUCACCCCUGCUGGAAGGAGGGAGAUGCCAUCGGCUUCCUGUUGGAUCUCAGCAAGAAGCAGAUGGUUUUCUAUCUGAACGGACAUCAGCUGCCGCCGGAGAAACAGGUCUUCUCCUCAGCCACGUCCGGUUUCUUUGCAGCAGCCAGCUUCAUGUCUUACCAGCAAUGCGAGUUCAACUUUGGGGCAAAGCCUUUCCGUCACCCACCGCCUGGCAAGUUCAGCACCUUCAACGAUUUUGCUUCUCUGCUUCCCAGUGAAAAGAUCAUCCUACCAAGACACCGACGCCUGGCCUUACUAAAGCAGGUCAGCAUCCGGGACAACUGCUGCACGCUGUGUUGUGACGUCAUGGCUGACACAGAGCUGCGACCCUGUGGCCAUGGUGGUAUGUGUAUGGAGUGUGCCUUACAGUUAGAGACGUGCCCCCUGUGCCGCCAGGACAUCCAGAACCGCGUCGGACUCAUUGCACACGUCUCCUGACAAACCUCCUGCCCUUUCUCCAACGAGGACAGACACAGAGGCCCUACAGCAUCGCCGUCUUCCUCCAAUCCCCUCGCACACAGCAGGGCUGCGAGCACCGUGCCACGGGGUUGUGGCGAUACCAGAACUGUGACUUCUGGUACGAGGAAGCAACAAUGGAGGGGUGGAGCAAAGAAAAAGAAGAGAUGAGAGGAAGGGUAUUUAAACUACAGCUGGAUCCCCAAGAGCUCCUCUUUUUGGAUCCUUCCCACUACAGAAGUCGGGCCAAGAAUCGUCAACUUUCUUUAUUUCAGAAAUAAGGAGCAAAAUCAUACCAUACCAUAUCUAUGAUAUGAGGAUCCCACUGCGCUUUCAGCCCACUGGCUACUACUAUUUAAUCCCAACGUCAUCAUGCACACGUCUGCAGAUGUGAAAGGGCUGAGUAACAGAAAAGAUCCCAGCUCAGCGUACACUUUUAGAACCAAGGUACAGAUCAUUUUCACUUUAAUGUUUUGUGGUGUAGAUAUGCAAAUUGUGGUGUUCUUGAGCUAGCAUUUUGAUUUAUUCUCGUUUCUCAAGGUCAUACCAACAUCUGUCUUUUGGUCAGCGCCACUGUCCGUACUGAUUGGGGGUAAAACGCAUUGUACAAUAUUUAAAUGUUCUGAUUGGGUUUACAAAUGAACUCAAUUCUGUACGAUAAGGAACUGAUUUUUGACACAGCUGACCCUGCUGCUUUUUUUGCUUGGCUCUUCUCGGAUGUUAUUUUCUCACUCUCUCUCGGUCAUGUAUGCAACAAAGACACCAAAUACAUACACAGGUAGCAAUCAACAAGUGAUCUCUAAAUGAAAUGACACGUUUGUUCCCAAUUAUAAGACUUACUAUUUAAAGAUUCGGUGAGGGAGAAGCAUACAAUUUAAUUUUCUCCAUCUUCAGAGUCUGGGAUUGCUUGACUGGUGUUAAGAACUUGCCAACAUCCUUUAAUGCAUUUCCACCAUGAGUUGGGCUUUUUUUUUAAAUGGCCAACAAUAGUUGUCUUUUAUUAGGAUUGUUUUCAAUCCUCAAUGUGAUCUUUUUUUUCCUCCUUUUUCUUAAUGAUGGUGAACUCUGAUGUGGAAACUUGAUCGAGAAGCAUAACCGGUUUUGUUUGACAGUGUUGUAUUAGCAGAUCAGUAAAUCGCCUAAAACCAAUGUCAAAUGUUUAAGUCAGUUAUUUAAAUAUCCCAGGAUCGUUUCAUACAAUGUUGUCAUUUUAAGUUGACAGUGAAAUACAUGACAAGAAUUAACUAAAAGAAACCUCCCACAGAACUGUAAAAUUAUUUUAACUUCAGAGCCGAAUACAAACAUUUGUUUGACUUUCUACCAAACUCAGCAUAAAGAAUUAGUUCAAACCAGUCAAAUAUAAAAUAUUUAUGCAUUAUAUAACAUAACAAUACAUCUUGCUGCUCUCGUUUAGACAUUUUUAAUGGUCUUUAUAAGAACCUCUUGUCUGUCCAUCAUUUAAUUGUUGCAGGGUUUGUAUUUUGCAAACAGGUGUUGAGAGGUUGUGAUGGAGUUUCCGUUCAAUUAUAUAUACAAUUGAAGAUAUAGAAAUCUAACAUUUCAAAUGAUCAUGAUAAACAAACUAGAAUUCCUUUUGGUCAAAUAAUAUAUAAAUUGCUAUUACUCCACCAAAUUGCAUGAAGAGGAUUUUUAAAAAUCUUUCAGACUAUACUGGAAUGAUUUCUAAAAGGCAACACAUCUCUCAGUAGGAGACUAAAAACUGGUCCAGUCGCUGUUUGGUUUCUUGUAUUUCCUGGAGCAUCUAAUGCUGUACAUGCAGGUGAGAUAAAUUAUGUUUGUCUCUACGGAUAUACAUGAAGUUCAAAAUUGUAAAGAAUAAGUUGUUGAUUGUAUUUCAAACUUAUUUAAAGGAACUUGGCCCCAGAGUUCCCAAAGAUGUGAGUGAAGAAUUAUCGUUUGCUGGAUUGUGAUAUUUGUAAUAAAUGUAUGUCCGUG